GGAGUCGCGCCCACGUCUUGUUGUCCCUCAGUCAGCAGGACGGCAUUGAACAACACAUGGACUUUGAGUCGCGCUUUACACUCCUGCAGCUCUUCGCGGAGACCACCAGCUCGGAGGAACAUUGCAUCUCAUUCGAUGGCAUCCACCUCCCUCAGAUCCCAGGGAAGCAGCUCUUCUCGUUGGUGAAGCGUUACCUGUGUGUGACAUCACUGCUGGACCAGCUGAGCAGUGACCGGCCGGACCACAGCCACGCCAUCCGCCUCCAGCGCCAGUUUGACUUCUGCAUGGCCAUGGGUAGCCUCAUCUGUGAGCUGGUGCGGGUGAUGGGCAUGGAGGAGCAGCAGUCUGUGCCCCAUAGAGGGUCCUAUGUGCAGCGCACUCGGGGGAUACGUGUGGACACAGAUGUCUUCAGGACAUGUGACUAUACAAAGUACCCCCCUGUGCAGGUGAUGACUGUGUAUGCCCCCGGGUUCUGCCCCCCUGUGCAGGUGGAUCGACACUGGAAUAUUCUGGAGAUGAGGAAGAAGAUGAUGGGGGUGAUGGACACAGAGUCAGAGCCCCUUGAGGUGAGAUGUGGAGACCCCGUAAUGAGCAGGGGGGGGAUCUCGCAGGGUGACUGGUGGGAUCUUCUCUUCUUCAUCCGCCAACUGGAUAACAGGGACCAGGAGAAGGUGCUGGAGGUUGUCAGACAGGAUGGGGGGAAGCAGGAUACUCUCCAUCAGAUGACGGUGACCACCGGAGCAGCGCAGGAGGUGGUCCGACUCCUGUGUAAUCUCUGUCAUGGCCGCCUUCUGUGUGAUCUGCAGAACUCGCACCUUACGGCCGUUUCUGUCCAUCCCCGGCAUCAGUUGUGGAGCCUGGGGCCGCUCCUGGUGUUUCUGAGGAAGAAGUGGAGAUCAGUCCCUCCCCAUCCAGCUGGGGCCCAGGGGCCACCCGAGACCGCAGAUGAGAAAUCAGACCUCCACAUCCUAAACACCCUGCUACUGCUGGAAGGUCUGCAAGUCUCAGACUGUGAGAAGGCAGAAGGACCCUGUGGUGAGGAAGUUGGAGAGGUGAAGAGAUCACUGGAGAGCUGCCGGGCGCUGGUGCGUGACGUCUGCCAUAAGUCGGAGCGGGAUGUGAAGGAUUCUGACCGGGCUGUGACGUGGGAGCGGAUGGGUCAUAGGGAAAGUAGGCCCCCCAAAGGAGAGUCCGCACUAAAUGAACGGAUGGUGAAGAUGCUGGUGGAGCUGUUGGUGUCUCAGAUGAAGGAGCGGCUGGUGGUGGUCACGUGUCUGCAGGUCACCUAUGUGCUCAUGUCCAAGUAUGACUGGCGGGUGCUGUUUGCCACGGAGGGCGGGGUACGGGCGGUGCUGGGCUGUAUGCAGGAGCACCAGUCCUCAGCUGCCAUCCAACAUAUUGGCCUGGCGGUCCUGAAGGUGCUGACCGGGGUGGGAAGCUGUGACCUGCGAGGAAGCUCCCGCCGCUACGCCCUGAAUCCUGGAGAUGCCCAAGUAAUGAAGGAAAUCUUCUCCAGCAUCGGAUUGGCUGCCAGUGGGAGCGCUACAAGUCUGCUGAGGGCCAUCCCCGGCGCCAUCAGUAAGCUGCAGAGCACAGAAGGGUGCUUCCCCUCAGUCUACAAUGGGUUACUGGUCAUCCAAAUGCUGACUGACAACCACGAAGCGCUGUCCGAGCAGCUGUCCGGGGUAGAACUGCCCGCCGCCCUCCGCAGCUUCACUGGAGACAGCAACUCAAUGUCUGCAGCACAGUGGCGGCUACUGUCACUUAUCAUACACAACUGCCUGUCACAGCUUGGCGCGGAUGUGGCCCCAGUACAGGCCCUGCAGGACAUGGAUGUGGCGUCGUUGCUGAGCGCUCUGCAGGAUGUACAGACGUCUCAGGAGCUCCUGCCAUCUCUGGAGCGCGGUGUCUGUGGUGACACCUUCUCUCUGCCGUGUGAUGUCUCUCAGCUCCUCAGCCUGCAGCUUCUCUCCAGCUUGGAACAACUCCGCAGCGAGAAACCGCUCCAGCUCUGCAUCUACAGGAUCCUGAAUAAGUCUUUGUCUUUCUACCAAGAAGACACGCUCCCCUGGCACCGGAGCAUCGAGCCGUGUCUGACAUCUCUCGUGAGCACCACCAGCGACCAUGAGGUCUUCCAGGAGGUGGUCACCUUCUUACACCGCCUGGCGUCCAUCAACAAAGACUGCGCAGUGGUCAUGUGCCGCCUCGGAGCCAAAGAGACUCUGAAUAAAGUUCUAGAGAAGCAGAGCGCCACCCUGCUGCAGGCCACGGAACUGCGAGACCUUCUGAGUGACUGUGAGAAGUAUUCCAGCCUCUACCAGAAGAUGGCCACCAGCAUCCUGGCCGGCUGCAUCCAGAUGGUUCUGGGGCAGAUAGAGGAGCACCGGCGCUGCCAGCAGCAGAUCCACAUCCCGUUCUUCGAUGUUUUCCUGAGGAACCUGUGUCAGGGCUCCAGCGUGGAGGUGAAAGAAGACAAAUGUUAGAAGAUGGAAGUUUCCUCCAAUCCUCAUCGCGCCAACAAACUGACGGACGGGAACCCCAAGUCCUACUGGGAAUCGAGCGGCAGCACCGGAUCCCAUUAUAUCAACAUCUUCAUGCACCGAGGAGUGGUGAUCAGGCAGCUGGUGCUGGUCGUGGCCAGUGAAGACUCCAGUUACAUGCCGGCCCGGGUCCUGGUUAUGGGCGGAGAAACCUCGUCCAACAUCAGCACCGAGCUGAACGCGGUGAACAUCUCUAGCUCCGCCUCCCGCGUUGUUCUCUUAGAGAACACCACACGUUUCUGGCCGGUGGGGCCGGUGGUUCAGGUGAAGAUUAAGCGGUGUCAGCAGGGCGGUAUUGACACGCGGGUGCGGGGCCUGGAAGUCUUGGGGCCUAAGCCGACGUUCUGGCCGGUGUUUAAGGAGCAGCUGUGCCGGAGAACGUUCCUCUUCUACACCAGCCGAGCGCACAGCUGGGGGCAGGAGAUCUGCGAGAAGAAGGAGAGCCUACUGCAGCUGUUCAGCAGGUUGAACCGCGCUUUGUCACAUGAGCAGGAGUUUGCCGAUCGGUUCCUGCCGGAUGAUGAGGCGGCUCAGGCUCUGGGCCGCACCUGUUGGGAGGCGCUGAUAUCCCCCUUGGUGAGGAGCAUCACCACCUCAGACCCCGGAGGAGUCAGCCCCCUCAGCUGGCUUCUUACCCGCUACCUGGAGAACAUUCAGGGGGCGCGACGCCCCAAAGCCAAAACCUCUGUCUUCAACUCCCGGGUCCGCAGACUGACCCAUCUCCUGGUCCAUGUGGACACAAGCCCCCUGGACACGGCCGAGCUAAAGCCCCCCAGUAAAGCCAAUGGGAGGAGUCGAGACGCCCUCAGUCCUUCGGUGAGACCCUCCGGUUCCGGAUGGAGCAGUUUGGCCGUCGCUCAGUGCUGGCAGGGGGUGGUCUGGAAGCAGGUGCAGCGCUUCCUGGAGAUGUCAUGGAAUGAUGUGGAUCUGGUUCCCCGAUUCUGCUCCAUGUACCGGGCCCUCAGACGCGCCAUGGACGAGAUGUUUGGGCAACAGACGCGAUUCUUACUGUCUCUGCGCCAGGGAUUCUGUGAGGGACUGUUACAGCUGUCCUUCCUGACCGCGCUGCACGUGACGGAGCAGUUCGCUCGCUAUAUAGAUCGGCUGAUAACUGCGAUUCGUGCGGAUUCUGCUGAUCUCCGAUCCCUGGAGCAGCUCCGGGAAUUCUUGGAUUUUGUUCUUUUCUUGUCUGAUCUGGAAUUGGCCAAUUCCUUCGAGCAUUUCUACAGGCAUUACCUGGCGGACCGCCUCCUCUCCCUUGGACCCUGCUGGCUGGAGAACUCUGUGGUCGAUCACAUCGGAUUUGUUUCCCCAAACCGCUUCCCCCAACAGAUGCUGAAGAACCUGCAGGAGGCCAGAGAUCUGCAGAGAGAGGAACAUCUGUACCGCCUGCAGGAGCGCGAUAGAGGAGUCCUAUCAGAGGAGGAAGAGGAGGAGGAGGAGGAUGAGGAGGAGAUGGUGAUGGAGGAGAGCUCGGUGCUCCAGGACAAGGUUGUGGACGAUGCUGAGGUGCAGAUCUCGGUGCUUUCUCCUCGGUGUUGGUCGAUCUCCUCUCUCUGCUACCUGGACGAUCCCUCCAAGUAUUUUCCGGAGACCCUCAGCGCCCCCCUACAGCAUUUCACUGACUUCUAUAUAAAAAGUCAGGCGGUUCUGGGCUCCGCCCACACUCAGUCUCGCCGGCUGCAGUGGACUUGGUUGGGGAACGCCGAGGUCCAAUAUGGAGACCUGACACUUCGAGUCUCUACCCUGCAGAUGUUCAUCUUACUGCUCUUCAACCAGCACCAGGAGGUCUCCAUAGAGGAUUUGGAGCGUCAGACGGGGAUCUCUGGAUCUUUCCUCAUCACCUCAUUAGACUCCAUCACCCACAAUCCUGGGAUCCUGUCCCGUCAUGAGAUCUCAGGACAUCUUUACGUGAAUGAAGCGGCCCUGCAUAACUUGGGGUCACAGACGGUCCACGAUUUCCUCCCCAGACAGCGCGACAGGAGAAUUUCAGAGGAAUUGAUCUGCGAGCUGGAGAAGAGGAGAGACGCCCUGCUCCAUGUGCUGGAGCGCGUCAUGGAGGAGGAGCGGGAGAUCCACAUGGACAGGCUGCUGGUCAGGGUCUACCAGAAGGAGCGGCCCUCUCUUGCGCCCGGCGGAUGGUGUGUUCCUGGCGUGCUCUCUUGUGUAGGGCACCAUCUAGAUAUAAGGUGUUAUCUAUAGAAACCCGGCAAUCCUUAAUUCUGUGCUAUAAG